AUGCUCAUAGAGGUUUGUAUCAUGAGGGGUUGGAGAUGGUUAGAAGGAUGGUUGGAGCUUGAUGCGUUUACGUAUCCUAGUGUUUUAAGGGCGUGUGCUACUUCCGGAUUGAUUCAGGUAGGGAAGCAGGUUCAUGGUUAUGCGUUGAGAAGGCAGGAUUUCUCGUUUCAUCUUGACAACUCUUUGGUUUCGUUGUAUUAUAAAUGUGGUAAGUUUGGUGAGGCAAGAGCUAUUUUCGAUAAAAUGCCUGCGAAAGACUUGGUUUCUUGGAACGCUUUGUUGUCUGGUUAUGUUAGCUCUGGGCAUAUAGGUGAGGCGAAGUUGCUUUUCAAGGAGAUGGAAGAGAAGAAUAUCUUGACGUGGAUGAUAAUGAUCUCGGGUUUGGAGAAGAAGGUUUGA